GGUUGGCAGUGCUGUCAUCUGGGAACCCUGCUCCCGAGUCCGGCCGGAACUCCAUUCCUUUUUGCGUGUCCUUGGAGUCUAGCACUAGAGUUCAAACAAAGCACGAUGUUUUGGUUAUUAUUUGUGGGAUUUUGGAUAUACCAACCGUGCUUCAGCUUUGAUGAAGGUGUAGGGGAACAAGAAGUGGGUGUUAUUGGCCAUUCAUCAAGAGCCUAUGUAAGGGAAGCACGAAAUAUUAGUGAAAUGAAAUUAGUUUCAAGAGAAAGUUACCUGUCAUCUACUGAUGGGAAAGGACCAGAUUUUCAUGAGGAAGUACUACCAUCAAAGACCAUCAUUCAGGAGAAUUUCUCAGCCAUAACUUCAUCUUCAAGUAUUGAAAAUAGCGAACUUUAUCCAUAUUUAAUCGGUAAAAAUUAUACCAUUACAACAGAUCUUGGAUCCUUUGAAACAGACAGAAGUAACUAUAGCAUAGUGAAAUAUAAGGCAGGAACCAACCAUGUGUCUUUCCUUUCAUGGCAGGCUCCACAUUCAAAGCUUUCAGUAAUGCCUGAGGUUUUCAAAUCUGAAGAAUAUACAGAUCACACGGUCAACAUUGCUGUUCGUAAAGUCAAGGAUGCAGAUACGAUGCUGGCAAAGUCUAUAUUAGCUUUCCCUACAACUGCAGAACAAACUCAUCCAGUAAGAAUGGAAAACAUGGAUCCAGUUGUGAAAGGGAAGUUGUCAGACAUGUUGGAGUAUGAUAAUCCAUCACAUUUAAGUCUUACUUCAAAUUCUGUAAAUAAUAUAUAUACAGCAUUUACCUCAACUUUAACUGCUUCAGUUAAUCAAAGGAUUGCCACAAAUGUUGGAAGUGUGUCUCAUUUCGAUGUUGAUCCAAAUUUAAGUUUUAAUAGUAUAUUAGAAGAACAGUUGUUCAAGACACACUUUUCUGAGGCAAAAAUUUUGUCAAUUUUUCCUACAAAAACUUUGGAGAAAUUAUCAACUGUGGCUGUAUCACCUAGUCUCCCUGCUGUGACAUUCCCAAGCACCAUGUCAUUACAAAAAUCUUCCAAGGUGACAUAUAGUUUCUCAACAGAAUUAUUUCCCAGUACUCAGUCUGCAACAAAAUCUUCCCAGACAUUAGUUAAAGGAUUUUAUACCAGGGAAGGUUAUCUUGGAUAUUUAAAAUCUUUUGCAGGUAAGCUUUUGGAUUUAUUUGAGAAAACUUCUCAAAAGGAAAUGACAUCUAAGCAUAUGCAAAGUUUUUCUAAUUCAGGUACUUUAAAAGUGUCAGAUUACACUGUUUCAAAAACAUUACUAGCUGAGCAAGUGGUGGAAAUGUCAACCCUUCCAUUCAGCUCCAGCCCAGGUUCAGAAUUUGACAAGGAAAGCCAUAAUUCAAGUAAAUUUUUUCUACAUCCAGGAGAGAGACAGUUAUCGACUAGUGAUGAAUUACCUAAUGGAGUGCUAGAAUACGUAUCGUCUGUUUUGGGAAUUUCCUUGGAGACAGAGGGGACUCUUAAAGUAGCAACUAGUAAGUCUCCAAGCAUAACAUCUGCUACUACAUUCAUAAGACCUCAGACUUUUUCUGGGAGGGGUACAACCUUGGCUAAUAAAAGUGAAUCAUUAAGUGGCUGUUUAGAUGAAAUGUAUGAAUUAAAAGAAAGCCAGACAGUCCUGCUCGAUAAGUUAAGUGACCAUUUGGCAAAUCAAACAAUAACAGAAAAUUUACAAAGAAAUACAUUGAUGUUGCUUAUUAUAGGUGGUGUUGUCAUUCAGAUACAACUAAUUCUUGGUCUAGUCAUGAUUUGGUGGUGUUUGCAUGGGAAAGUUAGAAGGUUCCUUAACAAUGAUUCUUUAGUUGUAUAUGAUGGCCUCUCUAAAGUUGUAAAUUUCAGAAAUUCUGUGAAACUGACGGAAGAAAAUGCGGGGCCAUCAGUAGUGUCCAAAGAUGAGAGAAAAAUUAAAUUUUCUGCAAAUUCUCAAGUUCCCAAACACAUAACCACAGCAUUAUGAAAUGUGUCUUGAAUGAGGUAUUGCUGUAUAUGUUGUUCCAGAUGUUUGUUUUACAGAAUAAGUUAUUUGUUUCAAAUAGAGUAAAUUAUUAAAAGUCUUUCUGUUUCCCUUGCAUAAACUUUUGAGGCACUGAGUUUCAAGAGCUUUUGCUAUUUAGUUACACUAUGCAUGCAUAACUCUUAAAAUGUCUUUUUAUGUUAAUUUUCUUGUUGCAAUAAGGGCAGUGUAGUUUUGUAAGAUAUGAUGCUGCUACUGUUGAAAAUAAGUUUCAAAUUGAUAUGGCAGAAUUGAGACCAGGGUAACAUUUUGAAAUAAUCCUCAUAAAUGACAUAUAUUAAAACCUUGGUAAUCUGAACCCUUUUAAUCUAUGCCUUUGGGUAUUCUGAGAAAAAAAUUUAAUCUGCCAGUAAGUUUGGCUUGGACGCUUCAUAUUCAUAAUAAAAUAUUAAGGAAUAAGUAAA